AUGGCCGGGCCGUUGCUCCGGAGCGGGGUGCGCCGGUUCCCCUGGCUCUGCAACGUGCUGCUCUACGGCAGCCUCUUCUCGGCCGGGGACGCGGCUCAGCAGCUGCUGCGGCGGCGCCCGGGGCAGGAGCCCGACUGGGCGCAGACCCGGCACGUGGCGCUGGUGGCCCUCAGCUUCCAUGGCAACUUCAACUACGUGUGGCUGCGGGGGCUGGAGCGGGCGCUGCCCGGCCGCGCGCCCCGCGCGGUGCUGGCCAAGGUGCUGUGCGACCAGCUGGUGGGGGCGCCUGUCGCCAUCCUGGCCUUCUACACGGGCAUGAGUAUACUUCAGGGGAAAGAGAACAUUUUUUCCGACUGUAAAAAGAAAUUCUGGAAUACAUAUAAGACUGGGCUGUUGUACUGGCCUUUUGUGCAGCUUUCAAACUUCGUUUUGGUCCCUGUUUACCUGAGAACAGCUUACACUGGGCUCUGUGGCUUUCUCUGGGCUAUCUUCAUUUGCUUUUCACAACAGAGCGGUGAUGGCACAGCAAAGUCGGCUUUUCUGUGGUUCCAAAGAGAGAAGGUCAAUGCAGAUGGAGAACCAUCAGAGAAAUGA